UUUUAGUUUGAUUAGUGAUUCAUUACUUCUUGGUGGCAACGAGUCAUAGUAAAAGUUAGAAAGUCAAUUCUUCUUCAAGAUCACGACCGACUUGCAAACUUACGAUCAAUUAUUAAUUAAUAUUAAUUAACACAAGCACAUUUUUUAACGAAAUUAUUUAUAAAAAUUUUUAUCGAAUAUCUCAAAUAUGAAUAAUAAAGAAAAUAAAGAAAACAAAGUGAAGAUAAAAGCAUCAGUUCGUAAAGAUUUAAAUGCUGCAAGUAUUUUAAAAGAAUCACUUUUAUUAAACUCAAAUGAAUCAAAUAAUAGAAUUACUUUAGAUUUUACAAUCGAUCAUUCAAUAGUAGAAAAAAGUCUUGAGCAGAAAAUAUUGAGUAUUGACGAAGUUAUCAAACUUCUAACUGCUGCAUCACGUGAUGAUUUUAAAUGUAUCCAAAUGUAUUUGAUGAGUCAUGGUAUUCAUAUGAAUACACUACAAAAUGAAAAAGGUGAUACUUUACUACAUAUUGCUGUUCAAAGUAGGAGUAUUAAAGUUAUCGAGUUAUUAUUGAGAUGUAACUUUAAUCUAAAUAUUUUAAAUAAUCGCUACAAAAUACCACUGGAUAUUGCCAUCGAAAAUGGAUAUUUAGAUAUCGUAAGAAUGUUUUUAAAUAAAAAUAUUGAUGUUAAUUACCAUUUAAAAGAAAAACAAUCACUUCUUUAUGCAGCUAUUGAAGAUAAUAAGUUAGAAAUUGUUGAGAUUCUUUGCCAGUACGGCGCCAAUAUUGAAUACAAGUGUACUUUCGGAAUAGACGAAGGAUUGACGCCAUUCAUGCUUGCAUGUAAAUUGGGUCUUAUCGAAAUUCUAUUUUUUCUUAAACGAAACCAAGCGAAUAUACAUGCCAAAGAUACAAAUCAAAGAAAUGCACUUUAUCAUGCAGUCGAAGCAAACCAUUUUGAGAUUGUUCAACAGCUUAUAAAUUGGGGUGCUGAUAUCAAUGUUACCAAUAAUUCAGGAAGCGCAAAGGGAUACACUCCGUUACAUGUAGCUUGUCGAAAUGGUUAUACCAAUAUGGCUAAUUUACUUUUAGCUCGCACAGCUAAUUUAAAUGUUAUAUCGAAAUUGGGUCAAACGCCUCUUCAUCUGGCCAUUAAAUAUCAGCAUCAGUGCAUAGUUGAUACUCUUCUAGGACAUGGCGCGGAUUUCGAGGCUACAUGUUUGACAUCACAUGAAUAUGGAUAUACUCCAUUACAAUUAGCUUGUAAAACUGGUAAUAUCAAUAUAGUUACAUUGCUUCUCAAUGCAGGUGCGAAUAUUCACAAAAAAUCUGGAUCUUCUCACGAAUUUACUGCGCUUUCUGUAGCUAUUCUUCAUUACAAUCCAUUAGUUGCUGAACUUCUUCUAACUCAAGGAGCUCGUGUUGAUAAUAAGAAAAAUAUCAUAUACUCUCUUACUUUAUUAUGGAGGUACCCAUUACUUAAGUUAGCUAUUGCAAAGAACACUGAAGCUUUACUUAAAUUACUGCUAGGUAAUGUCGUUGAUGGAAAUAAAAAUUAUUCGGAGCUAGUACCGGAAAAGGUCGUUCCAAUACCAUUAGAUAAUAGUAUAAUCUUUUUAGCUCGAGAUCCUGUCAGCCAAGAAUUUUAUGAACGUGAAUAUAUAGAGGAAUUCAUUGACAUAGCUAUGAAAAAUGGGCAUACAUCUAUUGUUAACUAUUUGACAAAAUAUUCACGUGCAUUAAUAGUCAGCAAAUUUCACCUACGAUCAAUAGUUCGUAAAUAAUAAUUAUACACAUAACAAUUUUUCAUCAAAUAUAAGUAAUAUAUAGAUAAAAAAUUUAUAAAACAAAUCAUAUGAAUUAUGAUUCAUCUUUAACUAAUUAUUAUUAUUGAUUAAAACGAUCGACGAAAAAAUUAAUAGUUACGAUUAUAGUUCUUCGAUAGGAAAAUUUCUUUCUCUUCAUGUUUAUAUUGUUAACAAUGACAAAAAGAAAAAAAAUAAUAAUUAUCAUUGUGAAAAAUUUCGAAUCUAAAGAAAUUAAUUGUAUAAUUUAUAUUUCAUUUGUAAUACAAUUUUCAUAAUUCUUGUUUUUUUCUUUUUUUUUUAAAUGUAAUCAACAUU